CACUUCAACACUCAACUAAAGACACUGAAAUGGACAGCAGUCUCAACAGCAAAGCAGAGACUCAGUCUGUGACACCACCACUGGAAGACAAUGCCAGCAUUGGAGAGAGUAGCCAUAGUGAUGAAGCUGCAAUUUCUUCUUCUCUGGAAACAGCUGGAGAUGGAAAUUCCUCACGACCACCAACAAUUAGCUCUAAGUUAUUGAGAAUGCUGGAAGCAGCAACCAACUGGCGACCUGCGCUCAUAAAAAUGCAGAACAGCGAUGAAGUGUUCGAUGAAAAUGAUGGAGCCGUCAGUGAAGCACCAAGAACAAAGAGACAAAUCCAGUAUCCAGAGCAAACACGAGAAUUCGACAGUCGAUUAACUAAGACGGGACGGCGCUCUUUGUCCCACUCGAUUUCUCAUUCCUCCACAGACAGUAACAGCUCAGGGGGUUCAGAUGCAGAAAAUCCACAAGAUGAGGUCUCUCCUCGAGACUUGCAACAGAUUAACUCUAAAGGGAACAGGGACUUCUGCAUUAAAAACAUCAAAAUGGCAGACUUUGGUCGUCGAGAGAUAGAACUUGCUGAGGAUGAGAUGACUGCACUGAUGGCCUUGAGAAAAGCUGCCCAGGGUGAGAAACCAUUGGCAGGGGCUAAAAUAGUGGGAUGUACCCAUGUCACAGCCCAAACAGCUGUGCUGUUUGAGACUCUGAUGGUAUUGGGGGCUCAGUGUAGGUGGGCAGCCUGCAAUAUUUACUCCACUCAGAAUGAAGUGGCAGCUGCUUUAGCAGAGCAAGAUUUUCCAGUGUUUGCAUGGAAGGGAGAAUCUGAGGAUGACUUCUGGUGGUGUAUUGAUCGCUGUGUAAAUGUGGAGGGCUGGGAGCCAAACAUGAUCCUCGAUGAUGGAGGAGAUAUGACACAUUGGAUGUACAAGAAAUAUCCUCACCUCUUUAAGAAAGUCAAGGGUAUUGUUGAAGAAAGCAUCACAGGCAUUCACAGGCUUCAUCACCUCUCUAAAGCUGGAAAACUAUGUGUGCCAGCCAUAAAUGUGAACGACUCGGUCACUAAACAAAAGUUUGACAACCUCUACUGCUGCCGGGAGUCCAUUCUGGAUAGUCUUAAAAAGACAGCUGACAUCAUGUUUGGAGGAAAGCAGGUGGCCGUAUGUGGAUAUGGAGAGGUGGGAAAAGGUUGUUCUGCAGCUCUGAAAGCAAUGGGGUCUGUUGUGUAUGUUACCGAAAUAGACCCCAUCUGUGCUCUACAAGCAUGCAUGGAUGGCUUUCGAGUGGCCAAACUAAGUGAUAUUGUAAGACAAGUGGACAUGGUCAUCACCUGCACAGGUAACAAAAACGUUGUUUUGAGAGAACACAUGGACCGAAUGAAGAACGGAUGCGUUGUCUGCAACAUGGGGCGCUCCAAUACAGAAAUCGAUGUUAGCAGUCUGACGACCACUGAAUUAGUAUGGCAGCAUGUGAGAGCACAAGUGGAUCACAUUAUUUGGCCUGAUGGCAAGAGAAUAGUACUCCUUGCAGAGGGCCGUGUCCUUAAUCUAAGCUCCUCCACUGUACCCAUAUACGUGCUUUCCAUCACAGCCACCACACAGGCUUUGGCAUUGAUCGAGCUCUUCAAUGCCCCUGAGGGCCGUUACAAACAAGACAUCUAUCUUCUUCCCAAGAAACUGGAUGAGUAUGUUGCAAGCCUGCACCUUCAGACCUUUGACGCACACCUGACUGAGCUCACAGACGAACAAGCCAAAUACAUGGGCUUGAGUAAAUACGGUCCCUUCAAACCCAGUUACUACAGGUAUUAGAGAUCAUGGAGAAGUCUCAAUGUAACUCAUUAUCAUUUAAAAGAAAACAGAUGGAUCUAAAGCUAUGGGCAGAAAUAGAUUUGACUCAGCAAGGAUUUCAUUCAUCCUGCUUUUCACCAACACAUGAUAUUACAAGCUUAAGCUUUAAGGUUAAUAGCGAACAAAUGAAAAGUGAACUAUAGCACUUUUAUCUCUUGCUAUUGUAUUGCUAAUCAUUUUAGAGAAGACAUCCAUUAUGGUUGUAUACAACAUACAUACAAACUUCCACAAAAUCAAUAAAUACAUAAAGGUAAAAGAAAAUGCAACAAAUGAACAUAUGAUACAAGUAUGUUAUUUAAUCCCUUGCAUGGUUCUCUAAUAAAACACUAUUCUGCUAUA